CGCGCCGCGCGCCCAUCGCCCAGCUCGAGGCUCCGACGUCAUCAGCAGCGCGCCGCCAUGGAGCAGCUAGCGGGUGAGGGCGUCGGCGCACGGCCGGGGCGGGCUGCUUGUCUUCAAAGAAGGAUCGCGGGCGGUGACGGCGGUGCAUGGAGGACACCAGCAUUGAAAAUUUGACUUGUACAACUCCCUGGACUGAAUUAACACAGGGACGCUCCUGUCCCACGUCCCUUGCAUUCCGGCUUCCGGAGACUGUGUGGCCAGAUCGCUGGUGUGACGGCGCCCAUGGUGGUGGGCGCCAUGGCGUCAGAGACUCUGCAAGGGACCUGUGAGUGCAAGGGGCCGAGCGGCGGGAAGCACUACGCCUGCGGUUCCUGCGCUGCCUUCACCAACAUCAUGAUCACCUUCCCCAUCCAGAAGGUCCUGUUCCGGCAGCAGCUGUUCGGCGUGCGUGUGGGCGAGGCCGUCCGGCAGCUGCAAAGGGACGGCUUUCGGAACCUGUACCGCGGCCUCUUACCCCCUCUGCUUCAGAAGACCACCACGGUGGCCAUCAUGUUCGGCCUGUAUGAGGACAUGUCGCGACUGCUGCCAGGACCUGCCGGCACCCCGGGGCUGCUGACCAAUAGCGUCGCGGCCGUGCUGGCGGGCAUUGCAGAGGCAACCCUGACCCCCUUCGAGAGGGUCCAGACGCUGUUGCAGGACCAGCGGCACCACGGCCGCUUCAAAAACACCGUCCACGCGUUCCGGACGCUGGUGCAGGACCAUGGUGUGCGCGAGUGCUACCGCGGCCUGGUGCCCAUCCUGCUGCGGAAUGGGCCCAGCAACGCUCUCUUCUUCGGCCUCCGCGGGCCCAUCAAGAAUAGUCUCCCCGAGGCUGAGACCCACGCCACUCACUUGGUCAACGACUUCAUCUGCGGCGGCCUGUUGGGAGCCAUGCUGGGCGUCCUCUUCUUCCCGCUCAACGUGCUAAAGACUCGCAUGCAGUCGCAGGUGGGUGGCGACUUCCAGUCUUCGCUGCAGGUGCUGCGCACCAUCUGGAGCGAGCGGGACGGCAAACUGACGCACCUCUACCGGGGGGCGCACCUGAACUACCACCGCUCCAUCCUGUCUUGGGGCAUAAUCAAUGCCACCUACGAGCUUCUCCUGAAGCUCAUGUGACCUGAUGUGAGAUGGUCGGAUCACAUUGUCCCGAUUUUUCCCGAACAAAAUGUCGCGAAGAUGCUUGAGGUCUGUCACCAUUAUAGCAUCUGUGACCCCCCCCCCCCAUCCAUUGUUUUGGGCUGGACCGGGUCAGUACCAUUUUGGGUCGGUUGUACCUGUAUGUUGGGGGUGGCUUAUGGACCAGGGCCUCCAUAUUGGCAGCUCUCAGUAAUUUCUUUCGUGAUGGUUUCCCUGUGAGGGAAUAGAAGUCCAUCCAUUCUCAGAGCUUAUAUGAAGCUUUAAAGCACAAGGAGGUGGGGUCAGGGUGCUGUCAAUCACUCUGAUUUAAAUAAUAAGGACCAAUUGGUGAGUGAGAGCAUGUGACCGUUGAUGUAUCACCCUGAGCAGGUUACAGGCAAAAAUCCAUCUCUGUUGGUUUUAUAGGUGCCCAUCUUUCAGACAAUGGGCAGACAGACAGUGGUUAGGGUGUGGUGGCUGUAUUGGUACCAGUGUCCUUUAAAAGCCAUCUUUGUUUGUAUAUAAAAUGCGUGAGUUAUGUUCCUUAAUGUGGCAAAUUUGUACCCUGAUGCUUGUCAUUGUUAACCAGGCAAUCGCACCUGACUAUUAAACAGUGUUCUAUUCAGAAGUCAGCAGUUAGGACGACAUGAACCUGUGUUUGAAAAGCAGAAGGAUUCUGUGGAAAUGCAGCCAUUUGCUUGUGACUCGUCCAUCUUAAUGAAUCUGGGUGUUCGGAGAGCUUAAAUGCACGAUUACAUUUAGAAGAACGCGGCACAUUCCUGGUUUAAAGAACGAAUGUGAUUGUAUCUGUGUUUUAAAUGUGAUUUGUUUUUAAGUCAGUAAAUACAUUAGCGAAACCACUUAUGUGGAAGCAGGAUUUGUAAGACUAUUGUUGGCCAAAAUAGCAGAGUCAUUUCCAGUUGGGGAGGGUGGUUUGGACCUUGUAGUACUGAUGGGGGUGGUCUUGGGUCACGUGAACUUUAGGUCUUCCUGAGAGGCAAGUCGUUAUGAAUUAUGGCAUCAGUGAAGUGUUUACUUAAAGGGCCAUGCUGCAGGUUAUAGGAAUUAACUGUCUGGUUAUACUUUUGAUUUGUCAAAAUGACAUAAUUAGGAAAUGACUCCCAUCCGUGGAAGGAACACAUCAUGAGAUAAAUGUGCCUUAAUGAAAGACUCCAUGCUGGAGAAGCAAGGCUGGGACGUGUUUGACAACAGAAAUGGUUGGAAAUAUGAACAAGAAGCAAUCAGUGUUUCUUUUCCCCCCAACUAUUCCUUGGCCGGACUUCCACUGCCAAACGGUGUAAAAUGUAGUCUUUCACCAUAGCUUUCCUUCAGAAAUUUGAUAUACGUGAUAUACUGUGACGUGGACAGUCUCAGGCAAAGACUUGGGCACAGAAUUUAGUGUUUACCUAUUUGGUGACAUGACUUUGAGGGAUGGUGGCAGCUUGCCUCAUUGACCAAGGUCACUUUCUCGUUCAGUGAGUACCCUCGUGGCACAGGGUGGUAUCGGAGCUUCGGCCUCUGCGGGCAGCCAUUUUUCUCCCCUCAAAUGAUGGUCUGUACUCCACUGAAGAACACGUCAAAUUUGCCACUUGUAAAAUAAAAAAAAAAAUCCUUUUUGUUUUUUGUUGUUUAAACCAUGGUAGACAUGCUUUAGGGCUUUUCCCACUGCCAGUGUGUCCUGUGUGGUGUAUUGCAUUAAAAUGACUUUUGGAGUGACUUUGGAUAUGUUUGUGUUUGCCUGUUAUUUUGGUGUUCAUGCCAGAAUGUGUCAGCACUUCCCCAGCUUGCCGCAGGGAUGCAUCCCGGCCGUUUGCGUACAAAUGAGAGGUGAUAUUUUACAGUCAUACAGAAGGACAUCAGCUUGCCUUAGAUCAGGAAUGCAGAUGCAAACACCAAACAUGCAGUCCCUUCUCUGCUGGUUUACCACUGCUGCCUUCACAGCAAUUGGCUGGAGUGUGCUGUCUGUCAGCCAAUAGGGAAGCGGAGACCCUUUGUCAUGUGACAUGAAUCCUUUUUUUUUUUUUUUUUUUUCUUUUUUUAAUAAUCUGACAUGGAGUUUGUUCAUGGUUGCUGUAUUCUAAACAACUGAAAUGUCUAAUAGCAACGCAAGCUGUUCGUGGAACAUUGCAUGGGAUGAAAACGCUGACAAUCAGAACUGUCCACCGCAGCAUUACAGAAGUAUUACUGCACAUACUAUCAAAUAGCAUAUAUCUGUCUCGCGUAAACUGAUUAUUU